CAAGCAAGAUGCAAACACAUAUUUUGCUUAUUCUUAGGGUGCAUCAUGAUGAUGUCUGCAAAUGCUGAAACCACAGGAAGUAGCAUUACUAAUCUAACUACAUUUACAAUUACAUCACCCAAUGUUGUUGACUCAAUGUUGUCAAAUCAAAGCACAUUUGGACAAAAAAAGCCAAUGAAGCCAAUCACUGUGGAGAAAAGAAAAGAAGGGAUAAGUUCUAACAAGAAGCCAAUCACUGUGGAGAAAAGAAAAGAAGGGAUUAGUUCUAACAAGUCAAAACAAAUGAAUUUGAGGCCCACACCAACACUCACAAGUAUCACUGACACAAUCAAGGACUUACAUAAUCCUAUUCUAAAUCAACCAAAUGGAAGUGUUAAGUUAAAACCUGUGUUUAACACAUCCACUUCCACAUCCAAGCACUUCAUUUUGAAACUUUUCAAGAGAUACAGUAAUGAAAAUUUUCUAAGCAUAGAAAAUUUUGAAAAAAUUCUGAAGCAUGUAGGCGUAGGAAUUUUACUUUUAGAGACAUCUAGCAUUUCCUCUGUACAAAUUCACAGGCAAGACGAAGAAGAUUAUAAUCACCAAAAUGAGAAUGAGACACAUGUUCAAAUUGAAGCCACCGG